GUAUUGCACGUUAUGCUAUUUUAGGUUUUGCAUUUAACUUUUAUUUAUUAUUACCGUAGACUGCAAACAGAUAGUGUCGACCUGGAUUUGUCGGUGCAUUAGUGAAGUGGAAGUGUUUGGUACAAUUGUGGUGUUUUCUACAAUCACUGGCAUGAACUAGCUUGACUUUCUUUGGUCACAUGAUGCGACUCCGCAGAAGUCACCUGAUUUGUUGUGCUGCUAGUAAGGAAAAAAUGGCUGCUCACUUGUCGUACGGUAGAGUGAAUUUAAACAUAUUGAGAGAAGCAGCACGAAAAGAGCUUCGAGAGUUUUUGGACAAAUGCGCAGGAAGCAAGGCCAUUGUUUGGGACGAAUAUCUGACGGGACCGUUUGGACUAAUAGCUCAGUACUCUCUGUUGAAGGAACAUGAAGUGGAAAAGAUGUUCACCCUCAAGAAUGGGAGGCUUCCCCCUGCUGAUGUCAAAAAUAUCAUCUUUUUUGUCCGGCCCAGACUGGAACUUAUGGACAUCAUUGCAGACAAUAUAACUAGUGAGGAUAGACACCAUUCAUCCCGAGACUUUCAUAUUUUGUUCGUGCCUCGGCGGAGCAUGCUGUGCGAACAGCGGCUGAAGGAGCAGGGCGUGCUGGCCUCUUUCAUCAACAUCGAUGAGUAUAUCCUGGACCUGAUUCCCUACGAUGGGGACCUGCUGUCCAUGGAGUAUGAAAGUGCUUUCAGGGAGUGCUACCUGGAAAAUGACCAAACAAGUCUGUACCACACAGCCAAAGGCCUCAUGACCUUGCAGGCUCUGUAUGGCACCAUUCCACAGAUAUAUGGGAAAGGAGAAUGUGCACGGCUCGUUGCCAACAUGAUGUUGAGGAUGAAGAGGGAGUUUGCUGGCAGUCAGAAUCAGAUUCUGCCCGUGUUCGAUACCCUUCUUCUCCUUGAUCGUAACGUUGACCUGCUCACCCCUCUGGCCACACAGCUCACCUAUGAGGGUCUCAUUGACGAGAUUUACGGAAUCAGUAAUGGUUAUGUCAAGCUGCCUCCUGAGAAGUUUGCACAGAAGAAGCAAGGUGAAGGGAGUAAAGAUUUGCCGACCGAGCCCAAGAAGUUACAGCUCAACUCAGCAGAGGAGCUGUAUGCGGAAAUCCGGGACAAAAAUUUCAAUGCUGUUGGAGCAGCACUAAGCAAAAAAGCUAAAAUAAUAUCUGCCGCCUUUGAGGAGCGCCAUAAUGCCAAAACGGUGGGAGAAAUUAAGCAGUUUGUCUCCCAGCUGCCUCACAUGCAGGCAGCCCGAAGCUCACUGGCUAACCACACUUCUAUUGCCGAGCUGAUCAAAGACAUCACAACAUCCGAGGCCUUCUUUGAUAAUCUAACAGUGGAGCAGGAAUUUAUGACUGGUGUUGACACAGACAAGGUGAACACGUAUAUAGAAGACUGCAUUGCCCAGAAGGAUCCCCUGAUCAAGAUCCUGCGUCUGGUGUGUAUGCAGUCAGUCUGCAACAAUGGCCUCAAACACAAGGUGAUGGACUACUACAAGAGGGAGAUUCUCCAGACCUAUGGUUAUGAACACAUACUCACGCUGAACAACCUAGAGAAGGCUGGUCUUUUAAAGCCACAGACAGGCUCACGGAAUAACUACCCCACUAUCAGAAAAACUCUUAAACUGUGGAUGGAGGACGCCAAUGAGCAGAAUCCCAACGACAUCUCAUAUGUGUACAGUGGCUAUUCUCCUCUUAGCAUCCGACUGACUCAGAUCUUGGCACGGCCUGGGUGGCGCAGCAUCGAAGAGGUGCUGAAAAUGCUUCCCGGCCCACACUUUGAGGAGAGACAACAGCUUCCCUCUGGGCUCCAUAAGAAACGCCAGCAGGGAGAGAAUCGGACAACGCUGGUGUUCUUCCUCGGUGGUGUGACGUAUGCAGAAAUAGCUGCUCUCCGUUUCCUCUCUCAAGUGGAAGACAGCGGGAUGGAGUAUGUUAUAGCCACCACAAAACUCAUAAAUGGCACAACUUGGAUCAAAUCCCUCAUGGACCGCCCUGAAUCCCCAACACAAUGAGUCACCUGCACGUACACCUGGCCACAUCAAAAAGCCCAUCUACCAGAAAAGCUCAGCUACUGUUUUUUUAUGUCCACAUCACUGUCCUGCAGGUGUUUCAUUGAUGUCUCUUCCGGUUUAAAGAGAGACCGGCUCUUUCAAAGUUGCCCUGUGAAAAUAUCUUUAUGUCAAAGUAACUGUUACCUAAUAUGGCACUGCAGCCUUAGGCAUUUCCACUUUCUAAUCGCCUGAGUGAUGCCACCCUUUGUUUUGCAAAGUCCUGUUUGCAAAGUCGGAUGUUUGUGUCGGCCGUUUUCGUUUCUUGAUGUGUUUACCGUGGGUUGGUCUGACUGAGAAAUGCUCAUAGUACAGCAAAACGUAGCUCUGAAGCGUAGCUUGCUUUAUCAUCUGUUUUGCCCUAAUCAAGAGUUUAAUUAGAAUUUACAAAAUUACACAUUUUUUCUUUUCUAAAAGAAAAAAAAAGGCUGAACAAGCAAUGGAGACAAUCUGGUGAUUUUUAUUUUAUUUAAUUUUUUUGCAGAGGACUCUUCCCCCUGCUGGACAUUAGAGAAAAAGCAGGUUUAGGGCAGCCGGAGGCUACAUCUGUCUUUUAUAUACAUUCCAUAAUCUUUACUGUCCUCCCUUUGAGUUGCACCCGUAUCGUGCAAUUUAAAGGUUUAUUGAUGUCUAAUGAACUUUGUCCUUUGGUUGUGUUUCUGUCAUUGCAGCUAUUGCUUUUCUGCUACUGUAUAUAUACUGUAUAUAGAAUUAAAACAUAUUUGUGAUGCCAUAGAAGAGUAAUGAUGCAUUUGAUUUGCAUUUUUGAAAGCUUUUGUAGUUGUCUUUUGUUUGUUUUCCUUUGCUUGGAUUAAAAAUGAC